CAGUACGCGUAUCGACCUGCGCGUCGGGCAGGCGUCCGGCAGUUUCUUUUGGAGAGUGCGAGUGUUUAGUUCUGUUACUGUUAUUCAAACUCAGGACACAAAAUUGACAAUGGAGCCACCUUCUGAAGCAAGAGAACCAAAGUCACCGGAGAAACCAAGCACUGAAAAACUGGAAAGUUCCGUUGAUGAAAUUUCAAGCCCCCUGGAAGAGCCUCAGGUACCUCUUGACGAGGCAGAAGAUCGCCUUGCAGAACCUCCCCUUGAGGUUCCUCAAGGGAAUGAAGAACCAGAAGAACCAGAAGAAAUGAAAAGAGAACUGAAAAUUAAUGCAGGCAUUGAGAAUAAUUCAGAAAAUUCCCGAGGCCCCAAUGUAGAAAUUGACAGUUCAAGUAAUAUUAAAGAAGAAAUUUCCCAACGUCCUCCAGAAGAACUAGUGACUGCAAGCGUCACCGAGGCAACAGAACAACAGAAUAUCCAACGACCCCCAGAUGUUGUUGAUGUUACAUUAACCACCGAAAACCACAGCAGUGACAUAGAUAACUCUACAGGUCCACCUAAAGAAAUUAUAAGACAGAAAAUAGAAGAGAACGAAACAUCUCGAGCACCUGAUGUAGUACUAACAAACAACACGGAACAACCCAUACAAGAAGAGACCGCUGGAUGCUCAAAAUGGAUCUCAAACGAAUGCCCUGAAACAACAGCAACUGAUGACUCGCAAGUACCGAGUACAUCGAGAGAAGACUCACAAGUACCGAGUACAUCGAGGGACGACUCACAAGUCCCAAGUACAUCGACUGCACCAGAAGUAUGUGCAGUAACUGCAUCUACUGCAUCUGCUUCUGCACCGCGAACCCCAAAGAGAAAAAACCUACGACCAGCUAGCUCAAGAAAGAAGGUACCGUCCACGCGGGCUAAGAUUGCCAGCAUAGUUAGAGCCUGGAAGAAAGGACAGAGAAGGCGACGAAACAGGGAACGUUUGACUAAGAACCUCUUUACCCGAAUGUUGGGGCCCGGAUUUUGGAGAGACAUCUUAGUCCCGGAUCAAACAGAGGCAGCUACUCGCGGCAUUAGGUAUUUGCCCCCUACAUCAACAAUAACAAGACCUGAACCUUCUCCUCCUGAGGCUCAUCGUGGUAUAUUUACUCGAACACCAGAUCUUUAUCCUCCAAUUGACUACUCGCAGCCGCAGCCACAUUGUAGUUCGUCCAUGUACAUCCCAAGUACAUCGGCUCAACCACUCAAUUUAAGACCGCGAAGAGAUAACGCAUACAGCUCAUCAACAACAACAACAAAAACAACUGCACCUGUCACUGUGAGCGAAGUCAUCGUUUUGGAUGACUCCGAUGAUGAGGCCACAGAAGAAAACAAAAAAUACUCACCACUAGAUAAGGCAGAAGAUAAGACCGACGAAUACAACGCAGGAGCUAAACGAAAAGCCAGGGAUCAGGAAAACGUACAGAGGCAGAUCGAUGAUAAAAAAAUAAAGAGAGAAGAUAUUGUGAACCAGCAACCCUUCCUGCAAACCCCAGUGCAGACGCUCGGAGCCGCAGGCAUAUGCGGCAUCUUAACCACACCCCUACCCUCGCUGAUGGAAGAGGAUGGCUGACGGGAGAUUGAGGAUCUGCCACAGCUUGGCAGACAACAGGAUUGUUCAGUACCGGACCUCAUCACUGGUCAACAAAACGAUGACACUGAUACUAGUACAGAUGAACUUUAAAUAUUGUUUCAUAGUUUUUGAAGUGUUUUUGCACGAGAUUUAUUUUUAACCGACUGUAGGAUGGGUGUUGUUUUUAUUUUGACCUUUCGGGCCACCUGACAAUCCUGACCAAUUUACAUAUUUAAUUUGUUUUGAGUAGUACAUUUAGCACCAAAGAUGUCUUUUCAUCUACAAAUUCUAUUUUUAUGUUAUUUUAAACUUAAUGUAAGAAAUUAAGUAAAUUCUUCACGAGUUCCUCUGUGUUGAAACACUAAUGAAACAUUUUGAAUAAAAUUAAUGAAGAGAGGAUAAAAUUACAUGACGGAAGGGAGAUUAGUCCUCUACAAUUUUUGAAAUUUUUAAUCAUUCAUGAGAUUAAAUUAAUAUUUUCAGCUCAAUCUUAUUUAUAUUUGAAUCUCAAAAAGGAACUUAAAGGGUAAAUAUUAGAGCUUAUUCUCUCUUGUGAUUGUUUUACAAAAAUAAUAUUAAAAUUUUAGGGAGGGAGAUGUCAUCAAUUGAGUUGUAUCGGAUUUAAAUAUGGGUAACAAAUGAAAUGAAAUAUGUAUUUUUCUCCUAUACUUUCUAAAAUGACUAUAAGAUAUUUUGUACUUUCUAUUGUGGCAAAGUUAUUUAACGUGCCAAUCCUUGAAGAAAUUCUUUGGAAACGUAUUUUGGUCCAAUUUUAUGAUGAUGUAUAUUCGUAUGAGGAUUUCGAUGCAGAAAAUAGUCUCAGAGGUGUUUUAACUACAUUGGAUUUUACCUUAUAUCAAUGUUUUAGUGAUAGGUUAAUUAUAAAACAUUACGAGAUGUAUGACUGUUAGUAGUUUUGGAAACGUGUUGUUUCAAAUUGGACUGCUGUAUUUACACAAAGCUUAGAGUUACGUAAUUACCUAAUAGAUUAAGUACAAUCGACUAUCAAAAGCUCACUAAUUAUUACUUCAAUGUUUUCACAAAAAACUACCACAAUAUAGAAUGACACAAAAUUAGACAUUAAUUAUUUUGCAAUGUGCAUAUGAAUUUAGAUUUAAUCGUUGGUAAUUUUACGGUGGAAAAUACAAUAAAAUAAAUAAAAUGCAACGUUUGUUGCUGUAUUAUAACAUAAUAAUUAUGUAGUAUUUUUAAAAUAUUAAGCUUAUAUUAUUCAAAGGAUCUGAUUGUGUAGAGACUGACCCCGUUUAAAUAGGGAAUGCUAAUUUUAAUAUUGGUGUUCAAUGUAUUAAUCAAGCAUAAAAUAUUUGCGCACAAUUAAUAUUUUGUAGUUGUAUUUGUAUUGGUCUACAGAAGGGACUAGAAUACCUUCCUCUGUGACCAAAUUGUGAACUAGUUGUAGGCAAAGUAGCACUGAUUCAGUUGAGUUCAUACUAUACAUUAUAUUAUUCUGAUAUUAUGACUGUAUGCAGGGCCUAAAACUGUCUGUGCAUAUCCCUACACUGGGAUUCUUGGGAUACAAUUAUCUCAAUUUAUGUUCCUACUUGGUCAGUAGUUGAUAAACAGACAGUUUACAUUGAAAUGCUUUUUCUGUAGACUUAAGUGAAAUGAGCAUAAUAAUUAUAUAGUUAAGUUAACGAUACGUGUAUGUUGCAAAACAUUUAAGUUACAUCAAUUUAUAAGUAGAACUUAGUGUAUACACCCUGUGACUGUGACAACGCACAUGUGUGACAAUCGUUUUGAGUAAUAUAUUAUCAAUAGCUGUGUAAGAUUUUAAUGGUCAGUUUCACAGUGUGGGCACUUGAGAUGGGCAUGCAUGUACAUGUUUUAUCCUAAUGGGUAAAAUGAAAGAUGAAGUUAAGUUAAAGUUAUCUGGCUGUUUUCAACAGAGUGAAACUGGCCCCAAAUGGAUUAGAUAAUAAUCAGUAUUUCAUAGUAUUAUAUUAAGCACAAUGAAUAUUUUUGUCUCGUAUACAUGUCGUGUCCUAGAACCAUAAUUAUAAGGUAUUAUAUCUUACUGUACUUGAACGUGCAUAACAUAUUUGUGAAUGUAAAAUAAAUAAAUGAAAAUUUCAAAUAA